AUGCCCGAACUCUCUCGUCAACCGAAACGAAUGUCUCGGCUUUGGUUCCGAUCAUCCGUGAGACGAAGCGAUCAGAGCUCGCUGUCGGGGCCACCGGGGCAGACAAAACAGGUUUACCGGAGUGUUCUGCGUCGGUUGACACGUCGGCCGCCCUUGAACAAGACUCGAUCGUUGUUCGUCAUCCCUACAAAUAUGAAAUCCGAUGGUUCAUAUAUGAUGCCUAGGUUUAUACCACCCGAUGAGUUGGAUAAGCCGGCAGUUCCUUCCGACUCGGACAAAUGGAGGUCAUUUAUGUCUCGAUCUGACACAGCAGGAUUCAUGGGUGAGGGACGACAUCGGAGGUGUCAUUCUGAGCAACUACGCGCAUGGAGAAAACCGAGUGCUUCAUUGUGGACACUUCAGGAAUCCGAAGAAUGA